AUGAAUGAGCUGUAUUUAAAUCUACCUCAUACCCAUUUUAAAAAAGGCGAAAAUUACUUAAAAAAAGCGCAUGACCAAAAAAGUCAAAACCUUGAAUAUUCAGUUUUGUUGUUUCAAAAAGCUAUUAAUGACCUCGAAAUAGCCCAUGAAAAAUAUCCAACUAUUAGUAAGAUCAAGGAAAUCUUAACAAAGGCACGCGAAGAUUAUGGAGAGGUUUUAAAAGAACCAAAUUCACCCGGAAGGGGUCAUUUGAUAAAUGAAAAUAAAUUUUUUAAGAAAGAUUAUACUCCGCCCUUGAAUAAAGAUGAUGAACCUAGCAAUACUCAACAGUUGGCUUGUGAGCUACGCCGAAAUGAUAUAUCAGACGGGCAAAAGGAGAAUUUACGCACAUUGGCGCGAGAAAUUAUUGAGGAAUUUGCUAAAAGAAAUUCUAUAGAGUCAAAAUUUGUACAUAAAGUAAUGGUGUUAUCAUAUUUGCCAGAUGCCGAGGAAGAAAUUUAUAGAAAUUUAGUGAAUAUCUUCAUUACUAAAAUUAAAGAAUCGGUUUUUUUAUAUCCAUCAUUAUUGGAAGGUUUAUCUUAUGUAAUCAGUCAGGCAAAUCCAAAACACCUAAAGCCUAAUGAUUUGGUUCGCAUUUUAGAAAUAUUAAAUGAGCAAUUUAAAAAUCUUCAUAGCCAAGAUAAAUAUCAACAGAUUGAAAUGACACGAACAUUGGGGCAAUUAUUUGAUGUAAUGGCUGAUUGUAAAGUACGGGAUCUUAAAUAUGAAGUAUUAUGCAAACCAUUAAAUAAAACUUUUAAAAAACUAAGUAGUGAUAAUAAUCAAGAACUAGCUUAUCUCGCAGACUACGCCUGUCAAGCUUUAAGUUGUAUACCAAAUGAUGAAAGUCCGUGGAAAGCAUUUCGCAAAGUUCUUCUAGGUAUAGCAAAAUUGGCAGGUGCUAUUAAAAACAUAGAUCCAGGAAAGCUACCAGAUAUUUUCAAGGAUCUUAGUGAAGGUUUCGACAGUAUUAUAAAUAUGGCAGUAAAUUUGGUUAAGGCGAUUCAAUCAGUCAAAGAGGGAGUUGGCGAUAUAAAACAGAACUUCCGUCGGAAGAUCCAGCGAGAAUGGUAUUGGGCAUUACGAUUUACCGAUUUAUUUGUCCAAAGUUAUAAAUUUAAAAGCUUGGAACAGUUUAUUUACAAUAUUCCGUGUCGACAAGAUGAAAAAUUUUUGUGGGGCUUAUGCGAACGGCUUAAACGAUUGGCAGCAGAUUCCAAACUUGAUACUGACUUUCGUGAAGGUGCCAUUGAAUUUUUAAGUAAUGUUUGUCAAAAUAAAGAAUUUUGGGGAGUCCAUCUGAAACUAGAUGAAUGGAUCUUAGAACAAACUACCUUACUUAAUAGUGUUUUAUCGUUAGAUAAAUGUGUGCGACCCACUCAGCAGAAUGACUUGAAAAAAAGUAGAGUAGAAUUGUCAACUCAAUUAAAUGGAUUAAAAGGCCAAUUUUUUUCAGACUUAGAUGAUGAAUGUGAAGAAGCCUUGGAAUUGUAUGUCAAACCACAGGGAACAUGGAAAGUAUCAAUUAUAAAGUCAUCAGAUUCUGGAAAAGAAAUGGUUUCUGAAAACAGAGAAGGUGAUGUAGAAGAAGUAGUUAAUAGAUUUUUAGAAUCAAAGGAUAAACUGACUUCAAACGACAAAGAAACUUUGGAGGUAGCUGCCAAUGAGUUAGUCAAUAGAUUUUUAGAUUACAAAGAAGCUUUGGAGGUAGCUGCCAAUGAGUUAAUCAAUAUAUUUUUAGAAUCAAAGGAUAAACUGACUUUAAAUAACAAAGAAACUUUGAAGGUAGCUGCUAAUGAGUUAGUCAAUAGAUUUUUAGAAUCAAAGGAUAAACUGACUUCAAACGAUAAAGAAUCUUUGGAGGCAGCUGCCAAUAGAUUUUUAGAAUCAAAGGAUGGAUUAACUUCAAUUGGCAAAGAAGUUUCAAAAGCGGUUACCAAUAAUUUGAACAAAAUUACUAAUAAGCUUUUGAAUGAAACUAUAAUAAAGACAGUUAAUAGUUUUUUUGCUCUAGAAAAUCAAUUAACUUUAGAAGAUGAAAGAGUUCUAGACAAGGCAUCCAAUAAAUUUUUGGAUUUAAAAGUUAAUAAAGUUCUAGAGCUUGAGAAGACAAUAACCAACAAAUUUGUGUAUUCCUCAAAAUAUAAAGAAGACCUAAUAAUGGCGUUGAUUAAUAUUUUGAAGGAGAAUCCAAAAAUCAUAGAGGAUGUAGAUGUAGAAUUUCUGAAAAUAGAAGCAAAUAAAUGUCUAAACUUAAAUGAUAAAAAUGUUUUUGAAAGUGCGGUGAAUAAACACCUAGCUUCUAAAGCCAGGAAAAUUUUAGAAACAACUGUUAAUAAAAUGGUUGCCUCAAAAUGUAAAAAGGUACUAAUGAUAUUGGGUAUAGGGGGUACGGGUAAAUCAACUUUUGGCCGUUACCUUGCUAGUCGUCUAUGGGACGAAUACGACCAUUUAUCACCUAUUCCGUUAUUUAUACCAUUAGCGCGGCUAAAGUAUGGAAUGUUUAAUAAAAAUGAAGAUUUUAUUGAACUUUAUCUAAAAGAAUGCAAAUUAUCUUUGGACAAAAUUGAGGAUUUACGGAAAAGAAAGUUCGUAUUUAUCUUAGAUGGCUAUGAUGAGAUUGUUGAACGUGAACGUGAAUGCUACUUUCAAAAUAAAUUUUGUGGAUGGAUAAAUGCAAAAAUUAUUAUUAGUUGUCGACCAGAGUAUUUGGGUUUAGGUUACCAAAAAAGGUUCUUUCCCGUAAAUAAAGAAAAAGGAUUUCAGGAAUUGACAAUUAAAGCAUUUUCAGAAAAAGAAGUAAAACAAUAUAUUACAAAAUAUGUUCAAAAAGAAGGUAAUUUGAGUGAAGAUAUAUAUUUACAGCAAAUAAAAAAGAUACCAGAAGAGUUAGUUAGCAAUCCAAUUCUAUUAAAGAUUACCUUGAAUGUCUUACCACGCUUUAUAGAACAAGAGAGAACAGAACAAAUAAAUCGUAUAGCUUUAUAUGAUGAAUUUUUAAAGACAUGGUUUGACCGUGCGCAAGAUCGUCUGUAUAGAACUGGCAAAACAGAGAAAGAAGAGGAAGCAUUUAAAAACUUAAAUAUUAAUGAUUUUUCAGAAUCUUGUCUACAAUUUAGUAAAAAUUUCGCCGUUGAAAUGUUUAAAGAUAAUAAUAAUGUGGUCAUAACGUAUAAUUCAUAUUAUUCAAAGUGGGCAACCUUUUUAGCCGAUGAUGAUAUUAAGAAUUCCUUGUUGCGCUUUAGUUUGCCAUUAAUCCGGCGUGAAAAUCAAUAUUGGUUUUUUCAUAAAACCUUGCGAGACCACUUGAUUGCUCGAGCAUUUCUAGAAUCGUUAGAAUCUCCAUUGCACGCAACACAAUCUUCACAACAUGCAGCGCUUUUCAAAGAACAAUCAUUUGUUCUGGAGCACGGAGUUAGACAAUUUUUAGUUGAACAUAUCUCUCAAAUGGAAUCCUUAAAACCAAAACUAGUGGCUUUUAUUGAAGCUUCUAAAAAAGAUGAUGGAAUUCAAAUUGCUUCUGCUAAUGCUAUUACAAUUUUAACACAGGCUGAUGUAUUAUUAAAUAAUUUAAAUGAUGCUAAUAUUUCGGGAGCUGAUUUGAGUAAUAAGAUAUUUAAUAAUUUGCAGGCGGAAAGAGCUAAAUUGAAUAACGUAAAUUUUCAAAAUGCAAAAUUUAAAGAUGCAAAUCUCCGAAGUGCAAGCUUUCAAAAUGCAAGGCUUCAAGAUGCAGAUCUACAAAGCUCAUCUCUCCAAGGUGCAAAUUUCCAAAAUGCAAAUCUCCAAAAUGCAAAUCUCCAAAGUGCAGUUCUCUCAUUUGCAGAUCUCAGGGAUACAAUUCUUCAAUAUACGAAUUUUGAGAAUGCGAAGCUUCAAAAUACAAACGUCCGAGGUUUGUCUCUCCAAAAUACAUAUUUUGAAGGUGCAGAUCUCUCAUUCGCAGAUCUCCAGAAUACGAUUCUUCAAGAUGUGAAUUUUAGGAAUGUGAAACUUCGAAAUGCAAGUCUUCAAAACGCAUAUAUUAAAGACACAGAUCUCAUAUUUGCAGAUCUUCAAAAUACAGUUCUCGUAGAUAUUAAUUUCCAAGAAUUGAGUAUCAAAAAUUUAAUGUUAAAAAUAUCUAAUGCUGAAAUUAAAUCUAUUUUUAUAUAA